GCGCGGGGCGGUCGGCGCCGAGCGCUGCCGGCAGUCGCGCCAUGCAUUCCCUCGCCCAGGAGAUCCGCAGCUUCUCCAGGGCCAACCUGCGGAAGCAGCGCACCCGCGUGACGACGCUGACCGGCCGCAGGAUCGUCGAGACGUGGCGCGGCGCCUGCCUGCACAUGGAGGAGGAGGAGGAGGCGGCGCCCGGCGGCGGCUUCGUGCAGGACCUCAGCGCCGACCUGCAGGUCGGCGUGGUGAAGCCCUGGCUGCUGCUGGGGUCGCAGGAUGCUGCUCACGACCUGGAGACGAUGAGAAAGCAUAAGGUCACUCAUGUUCUAAAUGUGGCAUACGGAGUUCAAAAUGCCUUCCUCAAUGACUUUAUAUACAAGACCAUUUCCAUUCUGGACCUCCCAGAAACUGAUAUUACCUCCUAUUUCCCUGAAUGUUUUGAGUUUAUUGAGAAAGCCAAGAUCCAGGAUGGCGUGGUGCUGGUUCACUGUAAUGCAGGAGUCUCCCGCGCAGCGGCUGUAGUCAUCGGUUUUCUAAUGAAUUCAGAAAGACUGAGCUUUGCCAGAGCCUUUUCCUUGGUGAAAAACGCAAGGCCUGCAGCUUGUCCAAAUCCUGGCUUCAUGGAGCAGCUUCACAAGUACCAAGAACAGAUUGUAAAGGCAAAUGGAAGCAUAAACAGUCAUGACUGAUCCAGAGGGAAGAGUGAAAUAUCUGUUUUGACUAUACAGGAACAGAUGUUGGAUGUACUUUAUUCUGUCAUUUUGAAAUCCCCUUUCACAUGCACAUUUUCAAGUCUAUUUUUCUUACCCUCCUUUGACCCUGUUUUUUCCAGCAUGUCAUCAAAAGGCCAAAAUGGUGAUGUACUGACUUCAGAGAAGUUUUGCCUCAAACCAGAGCACUAAUCAAAAGAUACAGCUCAGUUUUCCUUGAAAUAUUAGAAAACCAUCGAAUGUUGGUUUGCUUACUGAACCAUCAGAAAAAGCAGGCAAUAGAGUAAAAUGGCUGAGAGAAGUUGUUUUUUUCCCAGAUAUGUGCAGUUCUAGUUGUUUGUAAAAUCUAGAUAAUAAAAUGUUCAUAUAAUGAAGUACUUUGAUAUUGGAUUUUAAAAUUAUAUUGCAAUUAUAUUUAAUUGCAAUUAAAAUUAUAUUAUAUUGCAACUACAGAUGAUGUUACUGAAUUUUGUGGGCUAGCCAGACUUUUUUUUUUUUUUUAAUUAAAACGAUGGUCUUUUGAGGAUGCUCAAAAUGCAUAGGAUGCCUUAAUGCUUCAUGUGUUUCUGUUGUUUGUCAUCUAGUAGUGAUUUGAAGUACUAACAUGAUGAGUACAGUCUUGGAACUAGCAGGGGUUUUUAUCCUAUUUCAGUAGAGAUGCAAAAAAAAUGUUAAUCAUUACCUGUCUCUCUGCUCAUGCUCUUUUCUUCACAUCUGGUCCUCAUCUGCUGUUCCCUCACUCCAUUCCACAUCAUAUGUAAAGAACAGACAUCAUAGGUAAUUUUGACACUCCUGAGAGAUCCCAGGCUGAAAUUACUGUCUUAAUAUGUCAUGCUUUAAAAAAAAAAUAAAUCUCUACAAGAUUUUAAUAGUAUUUUGUGGCCUUCAUGCCAGCUCUUAAUGAUUUGAUAUAUUAAUAUGUGACAAAAUAAA